AUACAAGAUCCUGGAGGAAAGAAAAGGUGUAGUGUUUGGGCCUUCAGCGGGCUCGGUUGGUUUGGCAAGGUAAAGCUCUCCGAACAAAAACAGAGUCAGGAGGGCAAUCCAGUGAAUAAUGGACGCUCCAAGUUUAUUCUUCAACGUUCUUAAGUACCCCAGCCAAAAGGGGAACAUGGCAAAAGACUUCUUUAUCGUGUAUAAGCAACAAACCGCCUCCUGCCUUCUGUAACUAUUCCACUACCUUCCCACAGAAGCAUGGAGCCCGGGUGCCCUGAGUUGCUGGAGCCCCCGGAAGAUAUCUUCUCAACAGGAUCCUUCCUGGAGCUGGGACUCAACAGUCCUCCAUCUAAGGGCCUUCAGAAGAGCGAGCCUGAUGACUUCCUGAACCUCUUCAUUGAUCCCAAUAUGGUAUACUGCUCAGAAACAUCUCCUGGUAGUGACAACGGUGUCUCUGAAGACCCUAGCUCCCCAGCCCCACAGGCACCCGGUACCCCUGCCCUCUAUGAGGUUGUCUAUGAGGCAGGGGCCUUGCAGCGUACUCAGCGGGAAGCAGGGCCAACCUUCGGACUCAUCUCCAUCCAGAUAGAUCAGUGGAGUCCUGCGUUUAUGGUGCCUGGUACCUGCACAGUCAGCGGGCUGUCCUCAGAUGCUCCGAGACACAUCCUGCCAAGAACCAGCACCGCAGCCCCAGCACCUCCUGCUGCCCUGCUGUCCUGCCAGCGCCUGUUCCUUACAGAUGAAGAGAAGCAUCUGCUGGGACAAGAAGGGGUUUCUCUGCCCUCUCACCUGCCCCUCACUAAGGCAGAGGAGCGAGUACUCAAGAAGAUCAGGAGGAAAAUCCGCAACAAACAGUCAGCUCAGGACAGCCGGCGGCGGAAGAAAGAAUACAUAGAUGGGCUGGAGAGCAGAGUGGCAGCCUGUUCUUCACAGAAUCAGGAGCUACAGAGAAAAGUCCAGGAGCUCGAGAGGCAGAACACCUCCUUGGUUGCACAGGUCCUCCAGUUACAGAAGCUCACUGCUCAGACCUCCAGCAGAGCUGCCCAGACCAGUACCUGUGUUCUGAUUCUUCUUUUUUCGCUGGCUCUCAUCAUCCUGCCCAGCUUCAGUCCCUUUCAGGGUCAACCAGAAGCCAGGCCUAAAGGUUACCAGCCUCAUGGAGUGAUUUCCAGAAAUAUCCUGACUCAUAAGGACAUGACAGAAAGCCCAGAGAUCCCAGCCGCAAAGUCCAAACUGAAGGCACUACCUGAAGUCCCAACUGCAAACGGCUCAACAAAGACACAGUUAAAGCUGGGAACUAAGGCUGGACCCACUGGGCAGAGCAGGGGAAUGUUGCAUGCAGAUGAGAUGUAAACUGGACACUUUCAAUUACACAAGAAUCCUAACUCAGGAUACCCUAGAUCUGUCCAUAAAGGCCAAAUUUGCUUAUACGGCAGGACACCUCAAGUACUUCUGUCGUAUAUUUGUGAUUUUAUUUCUUCUUUGGGGAUAGGAUCAAAGCAAGUUUUGACACAGAAAUAAACUUUCUAGCUAAAAUUA